AUGUUGUCUCAUAAACUUAUUAAUACUGGUAUAUUACGAAAUACCUCCAGAAUAUCGGUGAAUCAAUGGUCAAAAUCAUUUUCGACCUCAAUAAUCUCUUCCAACCAAUACGCUGAUUUUAUACCUGCCAAUGCUGAACAAGAACAAUUUUUAUCUAGACAGACUGAGAAACCAUUAUUUUCUAGAAAAACCUAUUUAAUUGAUUUUUACAAGCAUUUAUACGAUAGCAAUGAAAUCUUAUUAUUUGUUCACCAUAAUAAUUUAAACAAAUCUGACAAUAAUAAAUAUCGACAAGAAUUGAUCAAAUCAGGAGCAACUUUACAUGUUAUUAAAUCUAGUGUAUUUAAGUUAUUAUUGAGAUCUAUCAAUGAACCUGACCCAGCACAAAAGGGGUUAGCAGCCAAGAAUAAAGAUAAAGUUCAUGAUUUAGAUCCAUUGCUUGCUGGACCAACAGCAAUUAUAACAAUCCCAAAGAGUGAUCCUCAAGUGGUUGCAUCAGUAAUGAAAGUUUUAAAGAGUGCCAAUGAAAGAUUACUUUUAAUUGGUGCUAAGAUUGAAAAGAAUGUAAUGAAUCUUGAUGAAAUCAAUCAAUUCAAGACCUUGCCUACUAAGGAAUCUUUACAAGGACAAUUAGUUGGAUUAUUGACUAUGGCUGGUGGUGCUGGAUUAGUUAGAACUUUGGAAACUCCUGCAAAUGCAUUAUACUUGAAUUUGGAUCAAAGAAAGAAAGAUAUGGAAGGCCCUAAACAAGAAGAAACAGAAAAUAAAGAGUAG